AUGCCAAAACCUUUAGGCGAGGGACCCAAGGGAAAGGUCUCGAAUUCACGUAGGGGGCCAGCCCCCAAAGAUCGUGAUGAAAAUGGUAGAAUUAUCGGUAGUGAGACUUCUAAGGCGUCACGCAAACGUCAUUGUGCCCGAAUCACCAUGGCAUCACUCCAAAUUGACGAUGAGAAUGAUGAUCUGAGCCAAUUUACACCCAGUUUCGCCGAUAAUUCUCAUUCGCAUAAUACUUGGGGCAUCCCCUCUUCCGCGACGACUGUAGCCCCAAAGCGCAAGCGUAAACCCGCCAGUUCCAAGCAGCUACCAGGACUCGGGCGUAAUUAUGCAGCACGCAAUGCAGGUCUCUUCAACCGCUACCCAGAACUGUGCAGCCCUGAAACUACACCCGAGCCAGUGGAAACAAGCAGUCCAACUCGCUCUCCAUUCCUGCGCUAUCCUUUGGAAGUCCGUGAGCGAAUCUAUGGAUAUUUUCUUCGUUCUCCAAACUCGAUCCUCGUGAACUAUGAUUGGGAGGCGGUCGAACGCUGUCCCGAUUUUGUUGUCAAAAAGAUAUUGUAUAUAUGCAAGCAGAUCAGUGCAGAGGCUCUCUCAUUCCUCUAUAAAAAUAAUACCCUUCAUGCGCUGCUCCGGGAGAACAUGUCACGCCUACCUGCUUGGAGCAUCCCAAGGAUUACAACCACCUUUCUAAAUUUGGUAAAAAAUGUGGUCCUCGAGUGUCCAAAAGAGAAUUGGGAUCUGGAAUGGUAUUACAAGGCAAAAGAAAGCAUCGAAGCCUUGGUAGUGGCGAAAACAGUACUGAAAACAUUCACCAUCGUGUUGACACCGCGGCAGGUUGGCUUCACUUCGACAGCUUUGGGAUUUGAACAUGCUCCUAUAACUUUCGCGGAUUUUCUAUGGGAAGAUGGGGAGGUAAUGAAAGCUAUUGUGAAGUUGAGCUGCAAGCAAUCAAGGAUUGUUGUGAAGAAAGGUGAUGGGAGGAGACUUGUUCUGAAGACAGAUAUUCAUGGUGGAAUACUUGCGACAACGAAUGAUGAGGAGAACUGGUUUAAAGAAGAUAAGGUAUACCAGCUAUCAAGACUCUCUUUGCAAACUAGCGUGAAAAAAGAAGUGGCUGAAUUGAAAGAUAAGUUCGAGCAGAUCUUUCAUGACGAGGAGAAAGCCGUUGAGAUGGUGCAGGGUGAUGGAUUCAGGCGAAAGAUUAGUCAACAAUCAUCGUCGGCUAUCUAA